GAGCAGAAAAGGGAGUUGUUUGACCGGAAGUAGCAGUGCAGGGCGCGCGGCAUUGUGGGGGAUGUAGUUCCGCCGCGCGGCCCGGGCUUUGCGGCGAACUCGGCGUUUGGGGGAAAAAAUAAAUAAAGUGGAAAGUUGCGGGGGGGAGAGAAACAAACACGGUGGAAUAAGUGAGGCGGGAAAGCCGAGGCGGGGGAAGGGGCGCAUCCGAGCGGCGGCGGCGGCGCGGGCCCCCGGGAUCGCGGCGGGAAGAUGCCGGGCUUCACCUGCUGCGUGCCCGGCUGCUACAACAACUCGCACCGGGACCGCGACCUGCGCUUCUACACCUUCCCCAAGGACGAGGAGCAGCGCCGGGUGUGGCUGCAGAACAUCUCCCGCACCGGGGUGACGGGCUGCUUCAGCACCUUCUACCCCACCACCGGGCACCGGGUGUGCAGCGCGCACUUCCCGGGCGGCAGGAAGACCUACUCCAUCAACGUGCCCACCAUCUUCCCGCUGAGAGGGGUCAACGAGAGGAAGAUCCGGAGGUACCGCAAGAAGCUGCCGCAAGCCGGGCCCGACGACGUCAAGCCCAUCGACCUGUCCGGCUCCUUCUUCUUCUCUUCCUCCUCCUCGUCCUCCUCGCCGUCUCUGCCCGCGGCGCCCGCCGCCGCCUCCGCUCGACCCGAGGCUCCCGAGUGCCUGGAUCACUCCUACUCGCUGUCCUCCACCACCACCUCCGAGGAGCUGCUGAGGAAACUCAACGAGCAGAAGGACAUUAUCGCGCUGAUGGAGGUGAAGAUCAAGGAGAUGAAAGGCACCAUCCGGCAGCUGAAGGUCAGCGAGGCGAUCCUGCGGGAGGAGCUGAGGAACAAGGAGAAGUUGCUGUCCAUGUCGGUGAUCAGAAAGAAACACGGCAUGUGACUGGAUUUGCACUGACAGUUUGCAACGACUCGACCUGAGCAGCAGGAGAGAAACAACAAAUACAUCGGAUCACGACCCGUGCUUGCACGGGAUGUCAAGACGUUUUUCUGAGUGUGAUGUUUGAGAUCCGGUAUAACGCAUUUUUAUACAUGAUAUUGACACCACUUGCAUAAUUUCUGUGUUUGUCCCCGACAGACUGCAUCCGUGGUUAUUUCACACGACAGUACAGACUUGAGGUGCAUUCUGCUUGUAGCAGUAAUAAUAAUUUAACAUUAGAAGUAAUGAAGCAACAGGAAACCGAAAAAGAUUCAUUUUCGACACAAGUAUUUGUCAGAUAGGCUCUCGCAUAAGAAAGCCAAGUGUAUUAAGACACUGACAAGAUAAUUUACUAUUGAGUAUAUGUUGUGAAUCAAUGCUUUUGUUUCAUUAUAAUGAUGCUAUAAAUUUAGUAGCUCCACAUAGUUUGUAUAUUGCCCUCUCCGUGAAGUUACUGUACAACAAUAACCAUACGAAAAUAUAAUAAAUUACUCAUUGGUUAUACUUUGUAAAUUGGUUUAAUAAGAUUGACUUUUUGAAUUUUUAGUGUUUUAAUACAACUGUAAGAAUAUAAAUAUGAACUAUCAAAUAUAAAACAAUGAGCUAACAAAAUAUAACUUCAGUAUUCACAAACAGCAGGUAUUAGAUGGGUGUAGGUAUUCUCUUUGCAAACCUCUCAAUCUGUCAGGGCCCUCAAAACCAACCACUGACAAAAAUUUUGCUCCUCCUUCCUAAUAUCUUUUUCCUUGACUUUUUUUUUCAUUAGAGCCUCUGUUGAGAGCUUCUUGACAGUCUGUUGACUAAUAUUUCUGUACCAUAUUUUGUUCUGGGCAUGAUUUUACAAAGCACAAAUCCUCACCUGCCAUUUGAAUGCCAAUAAUUAAAAUAUUUAAGUUUUAACUGAAAGUAAAGAAUCAUUUUCAAUCUAGUCUCUACAGGAAGUUAUGGAAUUCACAAGUAGCAAGUUUAUUAAAAUAAUUCAUUAAUGGCACCUUUAUAUUAGUGUCUGUUUGACACAAUGAGAUGAACAUCAAAGCCUGUUCUGGAAACGAUAACAAUUAAAAUACUUAAGUCUGGCAAAUGAUCACCAAAUAUUUUUAUAGUACAUAAUCUGGUUUGAGAGUGUGUUGUAUUAUAUAAUUAAAAUAUAUUUGUACUUGAAGUUUGUAAGCAAUUUCUCAAUAGGCCUUCUGAAUAUAUGGAGUAAUUAGAUGCCUGCUGGUGCUACAAAAUAUUCUUAAUAAUGAUUCAGAAAAUAAACUCGAAACAAAUUUCAAACAGUCCAUAUUGGAUAUGAGUUACUGAGGAGAGAGGGUUUUUGAAUUAUGAAUUUUAUGUUUGAAUUUAUGUUGCCAGCAGUUUUCAGUACAAAGAAAUGUCUUUCUUUUUAAUGCAAUGCUGGAGGUAGUAACUGAUAAUGUCAGUUUUGAGGUUUUUGUUCACGAAAUUGUGUUGGUCAGUUUCCUCUUAUUCAUCUUGGUUGCUGACUUGCUCACAAGUUGGGUUAUUGCUGUCCAGGAAAAGGAAAUCUGCCUUUACAGAUGCACGAUGAACUGUUUUGUAUUUCUAGAAUGUUCUGUUUUUAUUUUUAUGAUUUAACAUUGAUGCAAAUUGAAGCCAUUGUUAUGGAAGUCAGACUGAAGGGUUAAUGGUUGUGACUCAAAAUACUGCAAGUUUGGUAUGAAUUAAGUUGUAAUUGUUUGCAUAGUGCCAUAUGCUUUCAGCAUAACUAUUACAGUAGGCUAUUUGUUAUAUUGAUACUGUACUCCCUCAUACUCGACAUACUGGUCAUUGAUUGCAAAUUGCUUGAGAAUAUCAUUUGCGCAUAUUAAAGUGCUCCAUAAGUUUUUCCUGCUAUUUAAUCAAUACCAAUAAAUCAAAUUGAUUUCAUGUUGUUGCUGGCAUGUUAGAAAAAUAAUCAUUGCUUCCAGUUCAUUGAAUUCAAACUGCCAGUGCCUCAAAUAUUAAAACACUCAAGCAUUGGUCUAAUUAAAUACAUUACAAAUGAAAUAAAGUCUGUUAAGUCACUGUCAAUUCACUUUGUUUCUAUUUAUAAUUAAAAAAAAUUGUAAGCUCUU